AUGAGUAAGAGAGCACGUGGAAAGCGCCGUCGUCGUUGUCCCACUCUCUCUGAUACUGGCUUGGGUCCUGAUAUGCAAAGUCAAGGAAACCAGUUUUCUGGGAAGGAAACUAAGAAUCACUGUAAAAGGGAUCGUGCCAUAUUAGCUUCUGCAGCUCCUUGUGCCGUCACUGGUAAUGAACGGAAGAGGGACCUCUGGGAGUACCCAGCUACUAAAGAUCUUUUCCGCCAUGAAAUACUUCACGCCCUGGUGAUUAUUUUUGGAAUGAUAGAGAGGCACGUGCAACUAAAUUGGUCAGACAAAAUCUGUACCAGAAUAAAACCCUUCUUGUUACCUCUCGGCAGUGCUGAAGCGCUUUAUGCUACAUCGCACUACUUCAUCACCAUGCAGCCUUUUUAUGGCGACUUGAAAACUACUUUUUGUAAUCCUCAAACAAUUUUGGCCGCUGCGGCAGAUAAGGGUUUUGGCACAAUCAACGCAAUACGCGAAAAAAUACCGCGAAAGCGAAUUUUUCCUUGGAACAUGAAUGGGCAUCGCCAGUGGAUAACCUCUUACUACAUGGAUUUUCAGGAUGAGGCCACGGGAAGUAUUGAAGCUGAAGACUCUAGGAAGAUUCACUUGGACGAAUAUAUCUACGGUGUUAGGUUUACUCAUUCUGCAUAA